AUGUCUGAAGGCGACGUCAAGCCGAAGAACCCCGUUGUGGCCGAGGCCCACGAGGUCGACACUUUCCACGUCCCCAAGGCGUUUUUCGACAAGCACCCGCACUCGAAACCGCAUCUGGCCAACCUGGAGGAGUACCAGACGCUGUACAAGGAGUCCAUCACCGAGCCCAAGCGGUUCUGGGGCCGCCUGGCGCGCGAGCUGCUCACGUGGGACCGCGAUUUCCAGACGGUCCACGCCGGCAGCUUCGAGAACGGCGACAACGCCUGGUUCGUCGAGGGCCAGCUGAACGCGUCGUACAACUGCGUCGACCGCCAUGCUUUCAAGGACCCCAACAAGGCCGCCAUCAUCUACGAGGCCGACGACGAGGGUGACGGCCGCAUCAUCACAUACGGCGAGCUCCUGCGCGACGUCUCCAAGCUCGCCUACACCCUCAAGAAGAUGGGUGUGAACAAGGGCGAUGCCGUCGCUCUCUACAUGCCCAUGAUUCCCGAGGCUGUCAUUUCCUUCCUGGCCUGCUCACGUAUCGGUGCCGUGCACUCUGUCAUCUUCGCCGGUUUCUCCUCCGACUCGCUGCGCGACCGCAUCGUCGACGCCGAGUGCAAGGUGGUCAUCACCACCGACGAGGGCAAGCGCGGAGGCAAGGUCAUUGCCACCAAGAAGAUUGUCGACGAGGCCCUGAAGCAGUGCCCUGGCAUCAGCCACUGCCUGGUCUACAAGCGCACCGGCGCGGAGAUUCCCUGGACUAAAGGCCGGGACUGGUGGUGGCACGAGGAGGUGGACAAGUACCCCAACUACAUCGCCCCUGAGCCCAUGAACUCCGAGGACCCUCUCUUCUUGCUCUACACUUCUGGCUCCACCGGCAAGCCCAAGGGUGUCAUGCACACAACGGGAGGCUAUCUGCUCGGCGCAGCGGCGACGGGAAAGUACGUCUUCGACAUUCACGAUGGCGACACCUUCUUCUGCGGAGGUGACGUCGGUUGGAUCACUGGCCACACCUACGUCGUCUACGCGCCCCUGCUGCUCGGUGUGGCGACUGUCGUCUUCGAAGGCACACCUGCCUACCCCAACUUCUCGCGCUACUGGGACAUAGUCGACAAGUACAACGUCAGCCAGUUUUACGUUGCGCCGACAGCGCUGCGGCUGCUGAAGCGUGCGGGCGACGAGCACAUCAAGCACCAGAUGAAGCACCUCCGUGUGCUGGGGUCUGUCGGCGAGCCCAUCGCUGCCGAGGUGUGGAAGUGGUACUUUGAAAAGGUCGGAAAGGAGGAGGCUCACGUUGUGGACACGUACUGGCAGACAGAGACGGGGUCGCACGUCAUCGCGCCGCUUGCUGGUGUCACGCCUACCAAGCCCGGCUCUGCCUCGCUCCCCUUCUUCGGUAUCGAGCCGGCCAUCAUCGACCCCGUGUCUGGCGAGGAGGUGCACGGCAACGACGUCGAGGGCGUGCUGGUCUUCAAGCAGCCGUGGCCGAGCAUGACGCGCACGGUCUGGGGAGCACACAAGCGCUACAUGGACACAUAUCUGAACGUGUACAAGGGCUACUACUUCACGGGAGACGGUGCUGGUCGCGACCACGAGGGCUACUACUGGAUCCGAGGCCGUGUUGACGAUGUCGUGAACGUGUCUGGACACCGGCUGUCGACGGCCGAGAUUGAAGCAGCGCUCAUCGAGCACCAUUCUGUGGCUGAAGCUGCCGUUGUGGGCAUCAACGACGAGCUGACGGGCCAGGCGGUCAACGCGUUUGUGGCGCUCAAGGACGGCACCGAGUCGAGCGAGCAGGUGAAGAAGGACCUGAUUCUGCAGGUGCGCAAGUCGAUUGGGCCGUUUGCGGCACCCAAGGCGAUAUUCAUCGUUCCCGACCUGCCCAAGACACGGUCUGGCAAGAUUAUGCGUCGCAUCAUGCGCAAGAUCUUGGCGGGCGAGGAGGACCAGCUGGGCGACAUCACCACGGUGAGAUUCUCUUUCCUUUCCCUUUUGUCCGAUUCGGUACGAGUUCAUUGCCCAGCGGACGUGUUUGCUCCCAAGGCGCGAGCGGAGUUGAUGACGCGUCUGUGUGAGUUGACGAGUGUCGGCGAGGUGUCGUUGAUGACACAUGUACAUGGGUCGAGGACAGUGGCUAACGGUGUUGAUGACGCAUCUACACGGGUUGAGGACGCAUCUACACGGGUUGAGGACGCAUCUACACGGGUUGAGGACAGUGGCUAACGACUUUGGGUGCAGCUUUCGGACCCGUCGGUAGUCGAGAAGAUCAUCGAGAUUGUGCACCAGUCGAAGAAGAAAUAG